AUGCCUCCAAGGAAGAAGCCCAGAUGUUCUUCUCCAGAUCUAGAGGCGCCUGCUCGCCGAAGCUCAAGACCUAACCGUGGCAUUGGUGGUCAUGCAGCACAGCUGCAAAGAGUUGGAGAAACAGUUGCUGCCCCAACAAGGAAGGGACCGAAGGGCGACAACCUUCAAAUCAGCAGCUCAGAAGAGAAUCCUAUGGCUCCUUCGCAGCUUCAGAAAGGAAAGAAAAAAAAUCCUCCUGCAAAACCUCGCAGCACUGCUAAGAAAACCCUGAAUGAACGCAGAAUGACAGAAAAUAGCCAGCAUUCUCAGGCUCCCACUUCCCAUCCGAAUCAAUACGUGGCUCACUCUUCUGAAAGGUUCGGAUUCAAGGAACCUCGGUCUAAUGGUCGCAAAAUGGCUGGAAGGAACGUGGGUCAGCAAGAUGCAGGUCAUGAGAGGGAGUCUACAGAACGUGAUAGUGGUUGCGAGAAGGAGAGGCGGAAUACGGAGGAUUACAGGGAGUUUGCGCCAAGCUCUCAUGAAGGUGAUACUUCUGACGACAAUGCUGACUGUGAUGAUGAUCCUGACAGUAACACACCGAUGGACAGAUAUGCCGGUCAGCACACGCACCAGCGAACGGACGAUGCAGACAAUGGAAUGGAUUUUGACAAAAAUAUGGAUCGACCUCGUCCUGAUGAUGAAGCUCAAGGAGGUGUUGAACCAGUAGCCUCAAAUGACGAGCUCACAGACCCAGAGCAGGAUAAAGCUUACGAUGUUCUCAAGUGCCACCAUGCAAAGAAUGGGCAGCAAAAAGCUCCUUCACCAACCUAUCUGUCGAAGGGGAAGGGAAAGGAACAGGCAUGCACUUUUAAGCUGCCUGGAGGAGCUUCUACUGUUCAAGUGGUUCGUAGACGCUCACCUACACUUCACUCACAUCCCUCUCAUUCAAAGUCUCCACGUCAACAAUCAUCUCAGCAAGACAGAUAUGUACGCACUUCAUCCUCACGUACACAGUCUCCUCUUCAGUGCCCAUCUCGACCAAUCACUUCCUCAAGUCGCAGUCAUACACAGCCCACAUCUCGUAGGAGCUCUCCACCACAUUCUCCAUCUGACCCUAUUCUACCCUCAAGCUGUGAACGUUCUCGUACCUCUACACCUGAAGAUGCUCAUCAAUCCAGCAACAGCAAACAAAAGGUCAAGACAAACCAAGAGGAUCCCUCGAAGCUAGGAUUUUAUCCGCCCACUUGGCAAACAUUCCUGCAGAUGGCAAAGUUAGAGAUGCGGUUGCAAGCUGUUCUAGCUACUCCAGUUCCGGAAUCCCAGGAAGCCCUUAACCUUGCAAGAGAAGUCUUGGACACUGUGCUAUGGACAUACCACGAGAAGAAGAUUAAACUCGAGAGAGGCUACUUUCCGGAGUACAGCACACAGAUGUGCCAGCUGCUUUGCAAUGAUCUCUUUACAUUUCACACAGAACUCAAGAAAAUUGUUGUCUCUAUUGCCAAAAGGGCAUACAAUAUCUUCCUGCAGGGCUCCACAAUGCGAAAGGAGGAAUGUCAAAGGCAGGUCACUGCAGCCGCCACUAGGCUCCUCAAGAGUGGUGACUACCUCCGGCUCCCUGACUCAUCUGGUGGAAAUUUCAAGAACUUCACGGCACAGGCUCUCAAGGACGCUUGUCUCAAAUUCUACUACAGCAACAGUAAGAAAGCAUUAAAGAACACGGACGAAUUCCACCAAACAAUCCCCAUUAAUGCAAUGCUUCUUGUAGUAGCGGUGUUGAAGGGCGUUAUCUCUGGCUUUCGUGAGACUGGCACCGACAAGGCUCCUGAAUUAACCGCUGAGCAAUGUAGGGCCCACUUCGUCAACUUAUGGAAAUCGAUUGACACCCUGCUCAACGUUCUGGAGCGUCGCGAAGAGCUUGAAGACAUGUUGGAGCAAUGGGCUAGGAUUGGCAUGGGGGAUUUCAAUGAGUAUGCAGAUGGGAGUGCGAGUGAUGCGGAGGAUACAAUCAUUACCACAGUUUGGAUCAUGUUUACUGUGUGA